UGCAAAAAAGUACUGAUCAAGAAAAUAAAAUUGAAUGCAAGAAAAGAUGUAGAGAAAUUGGUGUAUUCACUUGCUUUGUCUAAGCUUUUUAAAGAAUGUGAAAGUUGAUAACAUUUUUUUUACUUUUGGGGUUAACCCCCUUGUGCUUGUAUGAAGUCAAAUAAUUUGAGCACUCAGUUUAUUUCAUUACCAAAAAGGUUACAACAUAUGGAGCUUCUCUGUAACAGAUUUCCAUCUUAAUCCACUUUGAUACCUGUAGAUUACAGCUGGAGGUGAUAGAUGCUUGUAACAAUUUGAUAAUGUAUGGAAAAAAUCCUGGAAUGACUGGGAAAAUACUUGUAAUUCUCUUCAUUGGGUUCUUGGCAUUUGCUUAUCAGGCAAUUAUGCCACCUCCUCCGAAAAUUUGUGGUUCACCAAAUGGCGCUCCAAUUACUGCACUGAGAAUAAAACUUUCCGAUGGAAGGCAUUUGGCUUAUAAAGAGCAAGGUGUUCCAAAAGAUCAAGCAAAGUACAAAAUUAUAUUUAUCCAUGGAUUCGACUGUUGUAGGCAUGAUGUUGCUUUCGCCAGCACCCUUUCUCCUGAUGUUAUUGAGAGUUUAGGAAUAUACAUUGUUUCGUUUGAUCGACCUGGUUAUGGAGAAAGUGAUCCUCAUCCACAACGAACGCCUCAGAGCUUAGCUCGUGAUGUUGAAGAGCUAGCCGAUCAAUUGAAAUUGGGAUCCAAAUUUUAUGUAACUGGAUUUUCCAUGGGUGGACAAGCAGUUUGGGGUUGUCUUAAAUAUAUUCCUCAUCGAUUGGCUGGAGCAGCGCUUCUAACGCCCGUGGCUAACUUCUGGUGGCCCGGUUUUCCUGCAAAUUUGACCGAAAAAAUAUACUACAACAUGCCAGCCCCAGAUCUGUGGACAGUUCGGGUUGCUCACUAUCUACCGUGGCUGACUUAUUGGUGGAACACACAAAAGUUUUUUCCUUCUUCUAGAGUUGCAGCUCAUAGCCCGGAUAUCUUUUCAACUCAGGACAAACAAUUGGCACCGAGGUUUGAUUCUUCACAAGAACCAUAUCGGGCACAGAUUAGACAACAAGGGGAGUUCGAGUCCAUCCACCGCGACAUGAUAAUUGGAAUUAAAACAUGGGAAUUCGACCCCAUGGAUCUCGAGGACCCGUUCCCUAACAAUGAAGGCUCUGUUCACAUAUGGCAAGGUGACGAGGAUGGCCUUGUACCUGUCGUUCUGCUACGAUAUGUUGCAGAACGACUACCAUGGAUUCGAUAUCAUGAAAUUAAAGGUGGUGGCCACUUGUUUCCUUAUGCAGAUGGAAUGGGAGAUAAGAUUAUGAAGACAUUCUUACUUGGGGAAACCUUUGUUCUGUAAAGGUUAUUAAGGUUCCCAUAGAUGUUCUUAUCAAGCUAUGUGCUAUGUUGCUUAGGCAUUCCAAAAAUGUUGUUGCACCUGUGUCGGAUCUUUUAAAAGUAUAUUACUCUUGGAGGAUCCGAUGACACGUGUUUUAGGCGAUGUAUUUCUUUUAUCCAUAGUGCUUUCUUGAGGAUGUCUAAAUUUGGCACAUGAGGUUUUUGUUAAUUAAAAUUAGAUGACAACAACUCAUCAAACUUGUUAGAUAAUUGUGUUGAGUUCU